UCUUUACACUUGAACUUAUAUUCUCUAUAAAUCAUUCGUUUUUUCACAUUAAUACUCUAUUUGAAUUUAUUUUUAUUUUUUUUGUUGUUUUUUUUUAAAAACAAUGACAAUUGAUUUUUAUUUUUUCCCCGUAAGUCCACCGUGUCGGACUAUUAUGAUGAUUGGAAAAGCAUUAGGAAUUCAUUUUAAUUAUAUUGAAGUGUGUCCAAUGAAAGGCGAUCAUAUGAAAGCGGAAUUUGUAAAGAUUAAUCCCCAACAUUCAAUACCUACAAUUAAUGAUAAUGGACUAAUUUUUUGCGAAAGUCGAGCAAUUAUGGGAUAUUUAGUUAAUAGAUAUGCAAAAAAUGAUGCAUUGUAUCCAAAAGAUCCUCAAAAAAAAGGCAUUAUUGAUCAAAUAUUGUAUUUUGAUGUUGGUACACUCUAUGAUCUAUUUUACAAAUGUUAUAUAGUGGUUGCUUUUGGAGUACAAAAUGAAGCUGCAGAAGAAGAUGUUCAGGCACUUGAAAGAGCUUUUGAAACUUUAAAUAUUUUUCUUCAAGGCAAUGAGUAUGUAGCAGGGACUGAUUUAACAAUUGCUGAUUUUUCUAUUAUUACUUCCGUUUCUUCAAUUAUCGAAUGCGGUUUCGAUAUAAGUGCAUAUGAAAAUGUUAAUGAAUGGUACGAAAGAUGUAGUAAAAAUUUGGAAAAAUUUGGAUUUGAAGAAAUUAAUUUAAAUGGAGCAAGAGUUAUUGCUGAAAUGUAUAAAUCGCAUUGCACCGAAUAAUUUUCUUUCUCAAAAAAAAAAAAAAAAAAAAAAAAAAAAAAUACCACCUCUUGUUACAGAAAAAAUUAUUUAUUGUCGCGUUUAAUUUUUAAUAUAAAUAGUAAAUUGCUAUUGACUUUUAUUUUAUUAAUCAGAAAACAGCUUGUUAAACCGAAUACUUUAGUAAAUAAAUAUAAAUAAGUAAAUAUAAUUAAAUUUUUUUAAGAUUUUUUCUGGGGAAAAAAGAUAAAAAAAAAAGAUUUACUACGGAAAUCUCUAUCAAUUGAAUCUAGAACCUUCAAAUAGCUCAAGGUUUACAUUAUUCAAUGUGAUACUUUCACUGACUGUCGAUUCAAUAAAAAUUUGCAUCAUAAAUUUUAAACAAUUGUAAAUAAUAUUGAAAAAAAUACAAAAAGGUUUUUUUUUUAUGUGAAAAUAAAUUAUAAGUACUUUUAAACAUUUUUUUUUUUCUAAGAAUUUGUCAAUUAAAAAUUAUUUAAUAAUUUAAUAUUAAUUCUAUAAGACG